GGGGCGUUUGGAGCUCUUCAGAAGAUCUGUGAGGACUCAGCAGAGAUCUUGGACAGUGACGUGUUGGACCGUCCGCUCAACGUUAUGAUCCCAAAGUUCCUGCAGUUCUUCAAGCACAGCAGCCCCAAGAUAAGGUACUCAAAUCAAACCAAAUGUAUUUAUAAAGUAUUUUGUUUACAUCAGCAUUUGUCACAAAGUGCCUUACAGUAACUCGGCCUAGACCCCAAAUAGCAAGCAGAAGCACAGUGGUAAGCAAAAGUACCUAGAGUAUGAGUGUACUGGGCCUCCCUCACUCUCCCUGCUCACAGCCUUGGCUCCACCUGGAGUGAGCGAAAGAGGCAACACCUUGCGCCUCCUUUUAAUUGGUUCCAAAACAACCCAUAGCCAGGUGUUGUUUUCAGAUCUAGCUAUAUUUACAGGCACUUUGAUCCAAAGUGUUCUCUCAGAUCCCUCUUUCCUCAGGCUUAUAGAUGAAACUGCCUCUGUCUCUAUAUCCAUCCUUAGGCGUUAUCAGUGUCUGAGAUCCCAGAUUGGAGACUGGGGGGAGGAACAGAGGCAGCAUUGAUAAGGGGGAACACAUGAGUUUGGGUGGUGUGAGGUUGAGGCUCUAAGGAGUCUGUCUUGUGGUGUUGCAGGUCUCAUGCCAUCGCCUGCGUCAACCAGUUCAUCAUCAGUAGGACCCAGGCCCUAAUGCUGCACAUCGACGACUUCAUCGAGGCAAGUCUGACCCCGCCGUGACCUCUGCAGUCAGACCUAUAUACUCUGACCUCCCAUAAUCCCCAGACAGCCCUGUGACUAUCUGAUAUGCCCACAAAGUCAGACACAUGCCAUGAGCCUCCUGCAAUCAAGUCAUACACACACACACACACACACAGCCCACCCAACUAGCCUCCGCUGUCAGUGCAGGCAGGCAGGUAUAUGGCCUCAGCUCUCAGUACAGUGUGUCAGUAGGUCAGAGCUGAGCCUCUACGCAGCACAACACUGCACUACCAAGAGAUAGACCCGAGCUGCAGUUUAUUACACCAACCCCAAUUCCACCGAUUUGGAUCAGGGCUAGGUCACGUUAACCACUGAUGAGCUUAACUUCCAGCCAGCUGGUCCCUGGAUCAGGACGGCUGCAUCCAGUAACCACACAGUGACGAUGACAAUACAGCAAGCGGAUAGGAGAUAAAGGGCUACUGUUUAAUGUCCCUCUCAUGUCUUUAGCUGCGGGGGUGAGAGAGGGGGCACUCUGCGUGGAAGAGGCACAGGUCACAUGAAAUCCAAUUUGCAUAUUCUAAAUAAAGUGUUAGCUUUAAAAACGCCCUGCAGAAAUAAACUAUUUUCACUGGUGAGUUCUUUGUGAUAACGGGCAGAAGGCCAGAGUUGUAGCAGGCUCUGAGUUGCUCAAUAGAAGCUCAGUAGAACUCAUUAGGUCAGUAGAUGACCAGAGGCUUAGUAGUCUAAUUGGUACAGAAAGUGAUCUGAAAGGCCAAACUGAUCCUAGAUCAGAACUCUUACUCUUGAGACGCUUUAUGCAGAGGCACCACAAAUCUUCCAAUACGUUGUAUCAAACUCAAAAAUGAAGACAAUAACAGAAAACAUAGCAUCACUUAAUGUGCCCAACAUUAUAUCUUCUGUAGUCGGACUGUUCUAGUGAAGGAUAAGCAAUGCUUUUUGAGGACAUUAUUAAUUAAACAAACAGGCCUGGUCGCACGCGCUUUGGGCUGCGGCACACACAGAGACUGAACCGGCACGGACACCACAUGUGACACAGAGCAUAAAAUAACGCGACCAGCAAAACAAAAAACACUAUCUGCACAACCUAUGGUAGCCAACACCACUAUUACACUUUGACCAAUAGCGACAACAACAGUGUCACAUCAAAGGUGACAGGCUUGUGGUGUUGAAAGGACAGCGACCGUAAUACCUGUGCACUGAAGGAGAGACCGUUUUGGUCAAACACACAGACAUGGCUCAUACACAGGCGACAGCAGUCACACACAGCAUAAAAUAAUGUUAAAGAAUAAGCUGCCCAUUCAUUCCAGUAGGCACCAUGAAAUCAGAACAAUACAAAAGCACCACCAUUUCAUGUCCUAUAUUAACAAACCAGCUAUUACUUCUCAUUACAAAUAUAUUUUAUCACAUUCAUCACACUAACGGGUGAUCUAAGGUUUUAAAAUGCAGCAAUGUUUCAGUCAUUAUUUUUCAAAGAGCUAGCUAACAGCAAGCGAGUUGCAACAAAAAACAGUGCCACUCACCGUGAUGAUCAUUUGUAAAGUUUGAAAGACGUUUGAAAGUUAAUCUUGAAAAGGGUGACGCUAACAAAUUACAACAACAUCCACCUUGAAGUUGCUCCAGCCGCCGUCACCUUUGUCACAGUACUACAUACAACACAAGCUAGCUAACGUUACUAGCUUUACGCCUCGAUCAGACCGACAGUGUCAUUGCAUUUUGGGACACCAGAGGUACAUUCAAUUCCAAUGGAACGCUGUGCAGCAUUGUGUUGCAGAGGCAGUUGCAGUGGAUUUAUCCAACGUAUGCAUCUAAUUGUAUGCAUAGAUUGACAGAAAUGGUAGCAAAACGUAAAUGUUGAAGUUCUGUUGCACACAUCCAGUAACAAUGUUGGAUUACAUAAUGGAAAAAGUUUGACUUCAGAAUUGAUGCGUCAUUGAUGCAAUGAUGCUGUCGGUCUGAUCGAGGCUUGCACCACUGAUUAUUUGCUCUUGCGCUCUCAGUAGUGACGUGUCUAGGCCUUUGAGAAGGCCUAGACACUAGAGGUAUGCCAAGUAGUCGGACAAAACAAGUAUCGUAACGGAUAUGGGCAAUUAUGAUCUCAGUAUUUUUUGUAAUUAUCCGUGAUUGGAAAAAAUAUAUAUUUUCAUGUGCCAGCACACGUCUUUCAGUCAGAAAAGUGAGGUGCUUACGUGGUGUAAAUAACUCAACUGUCAAUUUACGGAUACGAGUAUGGCCAUGUCGGCACACCCCUGCUAGGUCCCACCCAUUGCAAGUCAAAAUGUGAUUGGUUCAUUCCACUGUCACUCCAAAAUUCUGCUGUAAAACAGUUGAAUGGCAGAGGCUUUCUGUCCAGGUUCUGAUGGCCUAGAGACAAUGGUUGGCUAAGCUAGCUAGAUUUUUCUACCCAGAGACCACCGAAGAAAAAUCCUGAGUGGAUAUUUUUUUUCUCUUCAGUAUUAACUCUUCUCUUUUUAACACAUUGAAGAGAUUAAAUCAGAAGAUCGUAACAAUUAUUUGUUUUGUUUUACAAUUAAUGUAUAAAUCCUUAGGCCUUCCCCACUGGUUUUAUGAUCUACAAAGCAUCUCAGAAAAGGUCCUAGAAAACCUGUUUUGACUUCACCUAAUUAUUGUCAUGUUGGCAUGCAUAAACUUUUUUAACAAAUUCUGAUGGUUAUUAAAAGCAGAAUAUUUUGACAAUAUUACUGUCAUAUCAACACGCUUGUCACUCCUGUUUAACAGCUCUAAAUGGCUUUGGCGCAAUAGGCCUCAAGUCACUUGCCGAUAAUGUUGCAUGCAACAUUUGAAAGGUGUAUCAUUUUCAUCUAACACAGUCAAAGUUAACAUAAGCCCUAGAUGCCUUCAAUUGCCCAACUUAUAGGCAUGCCCAAUUUAAGCAUAUUUUUUUAACAACGUGGUAUUGCGCUCCAAAGGGUUAACUUUAAAUAACAUAAUAUAUAUACUGAACAAAAAUAUAAAUGCAACAUGCAACAAUUCCAACAAUUUUACUGAGUUACAGUUUGUAUAAGGAAAUCAGUCAAUUGAAAUUAAUUAAUUGGUUCCUAAUCUAUGGAUUUCACAUGAAUGGGCAGGGGCACAGUCAUGGGUGGGGCGGGCAUAGGGCCACCAACUGGGGAGCCAGGCCCAGCCAGUCAAUUAAUUUUUCCCCACGAAAGGGCUUUAUUACAGACAGAAAUACUCCUCAGUUUCAUCAGCUGUCCAGGUGGCUGGUCUCAGACGAUCCCGCAGGUGAAGAAGUCGGAUGUGGAGGUCCUGGGCUGGCGUGGUUACACGUGGUCUGCGGUUGUGAGGCAGGUUGGACGUACUGCCAAAUCCUCUAAAACGACAUUCGAGGCUGCUUAUGGUAGAAAAAUGAACAUUAAAUUCUCUGGCAACAGCUCUGGUGGACAUUCCUGCCGUCAGCUUGCCAAUUGCACGCUCCCUCAAAACUUGACAUCUGUGGCAUUGUGUUGUGUGACAAAACUGCACAUUUUAGAGGCCUUUUAAUGUCAAAUAAAUUUUUAUUUGUCACAUGCGUCGAAUACAACCGGUGUAGACCUUACCGUGAAAUGCUUACUUACAAGCCCUUAACCAACAAUGCAGUUCAAGAAAUAGAGUUAAGAAAAUAUUUACUUAAUAAACUAAAGUACAAAAUUUAAUAAAAAGUAACACAAUAAAAUAACAAUAACGAGGCUAUAUACAGGGGGUACCGGUACCGAGUCUAUGUGCGCGGGUACAGGUUAGUAGAGGUAAUUUGUAGGUAGGGGUAAAGUGACUAUGCAUAGAUAAUAAACAGCGUCCCCAGCACAAGUUGCACCUGUAUAAUGAUCAUGCUGUUUAAUAAGCUUUUUGAUAUGCCACACCUGGAAGAUGGAUGGAUUAUCUUGGCAAAGGAGAAAUGCUCACUAACAGGGAUGUAAACAAAUUUGUGCACAACAUUUCAGAGAAAUAAGCUUUAUGUGCAAUUUCUGGGAUCUUUUAUUUCAGCUCAUGAAACAUGGGACCAACACUUUACAUGUUGCGUUUAUAUUUUUGUUCAGUAUAGAUAAUUAAAUAAUUAAAAGAAAAACAUGUUUAUUUAUUAGCCUAGUGGAUUAAGUAUUUAGGCAUAUAAUGUGAAAUAGGCCUGUUUCACAACCGGCCGUGAUUGGGAGUCCCAUAGGGCAGCGCACAAUUGGCCCAGCGUCGUCCGGGUUUGGCCGGUGUAGGCUGUCAUUGUAAAUAAGAAUUUGUUCUUAACUGACUUGCCUAGUUAAAUAAAAUAAAAAAUAAAUAUAUAUAUAUAUGAAAUCAUUGUCAAAGGCACAAGCGAUACUGUUGUAUGUAGGUCUUGAUUAUUUACGGGUUUAUUAUAUAGAAAUAUCAAAACAUAAUUUUAACAACUCCAAAGCAAUUGCAUGUGGCACAGGAACCACUGACUCACUGCAUUUUUCUCUUAUCAAGACACCUGCUGGUAACUCUUAACUGGAUAGGACAGCUCAUGAGGUGUCCUAAAUAUCUGUUGACUAGGUGUGACUUAUCACUAGAGGCUUCAUGCAUAGCUUUUAUUUUUACCCUUGAGUAGGAUGAAAAUGUCUAUUCUCAGCACUUACCACCAAUGUUCUAUUCUGAGAGGCUCUAUGGUUACGGGUCCUGGUCAGAACUCAUGAAGACAGGCUCUAUCUCAAUUACUUACAAAAAAGCCUGUCUCCUUUCCUUCAUUAGUAAUGCAAUGUCAAAAAACACAGGAUGCAUCUCCAAGGAAUGAAGGUAGGGACUAGUAUGUGUGCAUGUGUGAUGGUUGACCCUCCUCCCUCCCUUUAGAACCUGUUUGCCCUGGCGACUGAUGAGGAGCCGGAGGUGAGGAAGAACGUUUGCAGAGCUCUGGUCAUGCUGCUGGAGGUCCGCAUGGACCGUCUCCUACCACACAUGCACAACCUCAUAGAGGUGAGACUGGGACUGGGGUACUGGGGCUAGGACAUGGACUGUGUCCUACCACACAUGCAGAACAUCGUAGAGGUGAGACUGGGACUGGGGUACUGGGGCUAGGACAUGGAUUGUGUCCUACCACACAUGCAGAACAUCGUAGAGGUGAGACUGGGACUGGGGUACUGGGGCUAGGACAUGGACUGUGUCCUACCACACAUGCAGAACAUCGUAGAGGUGAGACUGGGACUGGGGUACUGGGGCUAGGACAUGGACUGUGUCCUACCACACAUGCAGAACAUCGUAGAGGUGAGACUGGGACUGGGGUACUGGGGCUAGGACAUGGACUGUGUCCUACCACACAUGCAGAACAUCAUAGAGGUGAGACUGGGGUGCUGGGGCUAGGACUGGGGUUUGGAUUCGGUAAUACCUGGUGUAUACUACAUGACUUAAAAAAUCCUAAUAUAGCUGAGCCUCUCACAUUAAACAACUGUCUUUCCUGUCGUUUUUUUGUCUUGCCAAAGUAGUGUUGCGCACGCUAACGAUAUGGCACAGACUGGAUUCACACUACAAGAUUCUUCACUUGGUCGUUUCCAUACCACGCUGUCUCGCCAAAACAAUGAUGUGAUAAUGUGAUUACAUGUAACGUAGCUACAAUGAGCUGUGGCUCAAAGCAGCCUCAUAAACAUUUUCAGUUAGACAUUCACGCUUGUCAUACAGAGUUGAAAUAUCUAGCCAACAUUUAGAAUUUACACGGGUUAAAGGCAAACGCAUACUAAUAGUAGUCAUGGCUCCUGCUCCAGAGUCUACACGUUCUGGCUGAUGUGAUACAACGUCAUCAUCUCACUGGCUUCUUCUCUGGCCAGCUCUCAUUGGCCAUUGCAGAUCACGUUCUCAAAACUUGUCAUUGCACAGCUCACAAUACAAGAGCAUUGCAGAUUUUGCGCUGAUCAAAUCAAACAUGCUUGAAAAUAUCGGGACGUCUGUGACUGCUCUAAGACUGGAUCGGUAGCCCUUAGAUUGCGUCUCUGACCCGCUCACAUUAAACAAGCGUCAGUGACAGCAACGACAUGGGUAUUUUGUCUACGAUCUUAAACAAAAAAUGGUGUAGUGUACACCCGGUUUAAGCUGCAGGGAGGGAGGUGUAGGGGGAGUGAAUUACAUUUAGAUGUAGGGAGCGGGGAAGGCAGAGGGGAAGGCAGAGCGGGAGGCGGAGCGGGAGCGGGAGGCGGAGCGGGAGGCGGAGCGGGAGCGGGAGGCGGAGGCGGAGAGGGAGCGGGAGGCGGAGAGGGAGCGGGAGGCGGAGAGGGAGGCGGAGAGGGAGCGGGAGGCGGAGAGGGAGCGGGAGGCGGAGCGGAGGCGGAGCGGAGAGUAAAGGAGGGAGGAAAACGAACCAGUGAAAUGGAUUCCUCUUGGUCUCAUCAAAUCAGCUCAAGAUGCCACCUUGUGGCCAAAACCUUUAUUCUCCAGACAGGUUCAUCCAAAAGCUUUAUUCUCCAGACAGGUUCAUCCAAAAGCUUUAUUCUCCAGACAGGUUCAUCCAAAACCUUUAUUCUCCAGACAGGUUCAUCCAAAACCUUUAUUCUCCAGACAGGUUCAUCCAAAACCUUUAUUCUCCAGACAGGUUCAUCCAAAACCUUUAUUCUCCAGACAGGUUCAUCCAAAAGCUUUAUUCUCCAGACAGGUUCAUCCAAAAGCUUUAUUCUCCAGACAGGUUCAUCCAAAACCUUUAUUCUCCAGACAGGUUCAUCCAAAACCUUUAUUCUCCAGACAGGUUCAUCCAAAACCUUUAUUCUCCAGACAGGUUCAUCCAAAAGCUUUAUUCUCCAGACAGGUUCAUCCAAAACCUUUAUUCUCCAGACAGGUUCAUCCAAAACCUUUAUUCGCCAGACAGGUUCAUCCAUAAUCUGUCAUGUGAUUGUGGCUGCCCAGCUCCUGGCCUUGAAAUGAAUCCUGAAUAUUGAUUGAGGUAGUGAACUACAAAUAUAAUGCUAAUAGUACUAAUUUUCCCAUGGUCCUCUCCUCCUCAGUACAUGCUGCAGAGGACUCAGGACCAGGAUGAGAACGUGGCUCUGGAGGCCUGUGAGUUCUGGCUGACACUGGCUGAACAGCCUGUCUGUAAGGACGUGCUGUGUAACCACCUCUCCAAGUGAGUAAUACACACACAAAGUAACUGAAAGACAAUGUUACAAGAAUGUCAGAGAUGGAUGUAGGAAAGAAAAGCUGGUCAUAGCAGCACAAAAGCUUUUUUAUUUUAUUUCACCUUUUAUUUCACUAGGCAAGUCAGUUAAGAACAAAUUCUUAUUUACAAUGACUGCCUACCCCGGCCAAACCUGGACGACGCUGGGCCAAUUGUGCGCUGCCCUAUGGGACUCCCAAUCACGGCCGGAUUGUGGUACAGCCUGGAAUCGAACCAGGGUCUGUAGUGACGGCUCUAGCACUGAGAUGCAGUGCCUUAGACCACUGUGCCACUGGGGAGCAACUGUGUGACACACACAGUACAACACCAGCCUCUGUGUCAAAGCUUAGCUACAACAUUUGCUCCCACUCUACGCUAAGUUAUUCUAGACCUCACCCCCGGGUGUACUGUCCUCAUCCUGGUACCCUGGCCAUUGAUCAGAGCCAUAGCUGUUAGAGCUCAUCUGUGACACUGCUUACAUAUUAAUGUGGCCUGUCCCUGCCUCGUCUCCCCUGUUUCCCCCAUCCCCCUAUGUUCCCUCUCCCCUGUCCCUCUCCCCUGUCCCUCGUUCCCUGUCCCUCGUUCCCUGUCCCUCGUUCCCUGUCCCUCGUUCCCUGUCCCUCGUUCCCUGUCCCUCGUUCCCUGUCCCUCGUUCCCUGUCCCUCGUUCCCUGUCCCUCGUUCCCUGUCCCUCGUUCCCUGUCCCUCGUUCCCUGUCUGUUCCAGGCUGAUUCCGGUGCUCGUCAACGGGAUGAAGUACUCCGAGAUCGACAUCAUUCUGCUCAAGGUCAGUCUGCUCUGAGUGUGAGCCAGGAAAUGGAUCUAUGGCUGCUAGCCUGCUGCUGGACUGGAGCCUGUGAUUAUGUACUGUACAAAUCACACCUCAACCCUGGGAGGGGGAGAGGGAGGGGGGGUGGAGCAGGAGAGGGAGGGUGGAGGGUUUUGGAAGGCCAGGCAAGUACAUUUUUGUGUGUGUGUGUGCAUGGCCGUGUCUCAACCCUGGGUGUGUGUGUAGGUCCUGAGGUGGUUUGAGUAUCGCCAUCACUGGCCUGUCGCUAUGGUUACAAUGGAAUUCGUAUUUAUAGAUGCAUAAAUAUGUAUGUGUCUCUGUCUGCUGUUAAGAUACAGUCUGAUAGGUGAACUGACUGCUACCUAGCUGCAGCCCUAAAGGAAGCUCAUUGUCUUAAAGUAGUAUGAAUAAUUCGAAUUGCAUACCUUUUGUGUGUGUGUGUGUACCCUUACGAGUGUGUCUUUAACUGUGUGUGUGUGUGGUCAGGGUGAUGUGGAGGAGGAUGAUGAUGAGGCAAUCCCUGACAACGAGCAGGACAUCAGGCCCAGGUUCCACCGCUCCCGUACUGUUGCCCAGCAACACGAGGGCGACCGUGAUGGCAUCGAGGACGAGGACGAUGAUGAUGAUGAUGACCUGGACGAUGAUGACACCAUCUCUGACUGGAACCUCCGUGAGUGGACCUCUGAUUAUCUGUUUUUCUCUUCCUUAAUUUCUUGCUUUGUCUCGCUUACUUUGUUUUUUCUCUCUGUCUCUCUCUGUCUCUCUCUCUCUCUCUCUCUGUCUCUGUCUGUCUGUGUCUCGGCCUCUGUCUUUCUGUCUGUCUGUGUCUGUCUCUCUGUCUCUUCCAGCCAUACCUCACAUUUAUAAAUAUGGUUGACCUUUUUGUUUGCAUGUCUGUGUACCUCUGUUUAUUAACGUGUCCCCUCUCACUGUCUCCAGGUAAGUGUUCAGCAGCAGCGUUGGACGUGUUGGCUAACGUGUUCAGAGAUGAUCUGCUCCUCCCCAUCCUGCCUCUCCUCAAAGAGCUGCUCUUCCACCCAGAGUGGGUCAUCAAGGAGUCUGGCAUACUGGUCCUGGGGGCCAUCGCUGAGGGUAAGGACUAGCAGAGACUGGGAGGGGGAGGAAGUGGAAGAGUAAAGAUGAGUUUGGAAAGGAAAGCCUAUACGGUGGUGAAAGAGAAUGUACAGGGGUGAGUCCUGUUUAUCCACUUGUGUGGUCAGGCAGUUGCUUAACUCUAUCUUUAAGGGUAUUCUACCAUGCAACCUGAACGAAGGACUACACAAGAAUAUCUCACUCUUCACCAUAUUCACCACUAAUCUUAAAGCCAGUAGAACCUAAUAUUCUAACCGCAUGUCAUUUUCCCAGGUUGUAUGCAGGGUAUGAUCCCCUACCUGCCAGAGCUCAUCCCCCACCUGGUGCAGUGUCUGAGUGAUGAGAAGGCCCUGGUGCGCUCCAUCACCUGCUGGACCCUGAGUCGCUAUGCCCACUGGGCGGUCAGCCAGCCUCCUGACACCUACCUGAAGCCCCUGAUGACCGAGCUGCUCAAACGCAUCCUGGACUCCAACAAGAGGGUGCAGGAGGCCGCUUGCAGGUGAGUGGGGGGAGGGGUCGGCUGUGGUUCAGUUGGGGUCAGCUGUUGGUAGCUGUGGUUAUGUUUGACCAGAUGUCUGAUUUUAUUUGUAAAUGAUGAAUAGAUGGCCAGUAAUAAUCUGGGUUCUAAAGCUAGUGACGACGGUCCUUGGGUGUGGAAGUAAAGAUGAUGAUCAUUGUGACGAUCAGUUGAUCCUAUCAACAUUUUUUGAACAACAACUGUUGAACAGCUUGACUGCAAAGUGGCGUUCUAAACUACCUUUACCGACCUCUUCCUACUAACUCAUUCCUUGUACAUACCUUUGCAGCUAUCCCACCUUGCGUGUCUACUGAUGACCUUUCCUCUACCUCUACCCUCCUAUCUCCUCUCACACUCUACCUUCCUACCCCUGCCCUCUAACGCUCCUCUCCACUCAGCCCCUUCUCUGAUCCCUCACUCUUUACCAUGCCUACUACUCUCCCUUAGCCUCUCUCUCUCUCAUCCCCUUCCUUCUAUCUCUCCCCCGUACCUUCCUUCCUCUUUACCCUUCCCCUCUACUCCUACCUCUCUCCCUCUACUCUUCCUCACCCUCUCUCCUCCUCUACCUCUCUCCCUCUCACCUCUCUCCCCUCUCCUCCUCUCCCCUCUACCUCCUCCCUCCCUCUCCCCUCUCCUCCUACCUCUCUCCCUCUACUCCUCCCUCUACCCUCUCCUCACCUCUCUCCCUCACUCUCCUCCCCUCUACCUCUCUCCCCUCUACCUACCUCCUCUCUCCCUCUCCUCCUUCCUACCGCUCUCCCCUUCCUCACCUCUCUCCCCCUCUACCUACUCUCCCCUCUACCCUCUCCCCUCUACCUUCCCCCUCUACCUUCCUCACCUCUCUCCCCUCUACCUUCCCUUCACCUCUCUCCCCUCUACCUUCCUCACCUCUCUCCCCUCGACCAUCUCCCCACCUCUCCUCCCCUCUACCUUCCUCCCUCCUCCCCUCUACCCUCCCCUCUACCUCUUCUCCCCGCUACCUCCUCCUUCUCCCCUCUACCGUCUCCUCCCCCUCGACCUUCUCUCCCCUCCUACCUCAUCUCGCCCCUCUACCUCUCUCCCCUCUACCUCUCUCCCCUCUACCUCUCUCCCCUACCUCUCUCCCCUCUCUUUCUCUCCUCUUUCUCUCUCUCCUUUCUCUCUCUUCUCUCUCUUUCUACUCUCUCUCUCUCCUUCCCCCCUCAGUGCCUUUGCCACUCUGGAAGAAGAGGCGUGUACAGAGUUGGUUCCCUACUUGGCCUACAUCCUGGACACGCUGGUGUUUGCCUUCAACAAGUACCAACACAAGAACCUGCUCAUACUGUACGACGCUAUAGGGACGCUCGCUGACUCCGUGGGACACCACCUCAACAAGCCGGUACACACACACACACACACACACACACACACACACACACACACACACACACACACACACUACGUACGCUCUCUGUCUCCCAAUGAUGUCACAGCAAUGACUCGAGCAAAGCCACAUCUGCAUUUUGUUUCCCUUUUCAGGUGUGUUUGGUUGUGAUGACUAACGUGUGCACUACUGCAUGUGUUUAGGAGUACAUUCAGAUGCUGAUGCCUCCACUGAUAGCAAAGUGGAACCAGCUGAAGGACGAAGACAAGGAUCUGUUCCCUUUACUAGAGGUGAGCCUCACCGGUCUCUAAUAAUGUUCCCUUUACUAGAGGUGAGCCUCACUGUCCACUAAUAAUGUUCCCUUUACUAGAGGUGAGCCUCACUGUACUCUAAUCACACUAAUACACUAGCCUCCAGGGGAGUUUUCCACUCUUCACCAAAAACACAUGCGUAAACAUAAAAAGUUACUACCUGUAACUGAGGUUAUCAAGUAUCAUAUUCUUUCUUCCUCUUUUAUCCUCUCUCUUGUCACAUCCCCUUUCCCUCUUCUCUGAAUCCCCCAAUCUCUUUCUCUCCUUCCAUCCAUCUCAGUGCCUGUCGUCAGUAGCCACGGCGCUCCAGAGUGGUUUCCUGCCCUACUGUGAGCCUGUGUACCAGCGCUGUGUCAACCUGGUGCAGAAGACCCUCGCUCAGGCAAUGGUAAGACACACACAUCCCUUGUUGCGUGAGGGACACGGGGGGGUGUGAGGGGGACACUGUUACGUGAGGGAGGGGGGUACACUGUUACGUGAGGGAGAGUUUGUUUAGCGCUUUGCUUGCUUUCUUGCCUGUAAACAUAAUCUUGUUUGUGCCAAUUGGCUGCGUGAGUUGGCACUGAACACACCAUAGAGAAGGCUAUUGGCACAGAUUGUGUGUGUGUGUUUGAGAACAUUUGGAGAUUAUCUGCUCGCGGUUGGAUUUCAUGCUUGCGGAAUGUGGGAUCUAAUUGUUUCAAAUAACUCCUUGCCCAAAUCUAAUCCACACACUCUCUCUCCCUUCCUCUUUCCAUCACCAUCUCCCACUCUCUCACACUACCUCCAUCUCUCCAUCCAGCUCCACCAGUCCCAGCCAGACCAGUACGAGGCUCCUGAUAAGGACUUUAUGAUUGUGGCUCUGGACCUGCUCAGCGGAUUGGCCGAGGGGUUGGGCGGCAACAUCGAGCAGCUGGUCGCCCGUAGCAACAUCCUCACGCUCAUGUACCAGUGCAUGCAGGUAACCAACCAGUGAUCUCGCAGUGUUACAGAUCAACCAACCAGUGACCUCGUAGUGUUACAGAUCAACCAACCAAUGACCUCAGUGUUACAGAUCAACCAACCCUGACAUAGUUCAUCUCUCAGGUCCGUGAGUCAUGACUAAUCUCUCGCUCCUUCUGUUCCUCUCUCUCGCUCUCUGUCCCCCUCUCUCUCUCUCGCUCUCUCUGUCCCCCUCUCUCUCUCUCUCUCUCUCGCUCUCUCUGUCCCCCUCUCGCUCUCUCUCGCUCUCUCUGUCCCACUCUCUCUCUCUCUCGCUCUCUCUGUCCCUCUCUCUCUCGCUCUCUCUGUCCCUCUCGCUCUCUCUGUCCCUCUCGCUCUCUCUGUCCCUCUCGCUCUCUCUGUCCCUCUCGCUCUCUCUGUCCCUCUCGCUCUCUCUGUCCCUCUCUCUCGCUCUCUGUCCCUCUCGCUCUCGCUCUCUGUCCCUCUCUCUCUCUCGAUCUCUGUCCCUCUCUCUCUCUCGAUCUCUGUCCCUCUCUCUCUCUCUCGCUCUCUGUCCCUCUCGCUCUCUGUCCCUCUCGCUCUCUGUCCCUCUCGCUCUCUGUCUCUCGCUCUCUGUCCCUCGCUCGCUCUCUGUCCCUCGCUCUCUCUCUCUCGCUCUCUGUCCCUCGCUCUCUCUCCCUCGCUCACUCUCUCGCUCUCUGUCCCUCGCUCUCUCUCGCUCUCUGUCCCUCGCUCUCUGUCCCUCGCUCUCUCGCUCUCUGUCCCUCGCUCUGUCCCCCGCUCUCUCGCUCUCUGUCCCUCGCUCUGUCCCUCGCUCUCUGUCCCUCUCUCUCUCUCGCUCUCUGUCCCUCUCCCUCUCUUGCGCUCUCUGUUCCCCUCUCUUGCGCUCUCUGUCCCUCUCUUGCGCUCUCUGUCCCUCUCUUGCGCUCUCUGUUCCUCUCUCUCGCUCUCUCUGUCCCGCUCUCUGUCCCUCUCUCUCUCUGUCCCGCUCUCCCUCUCUCGCUCUCUGUCCCCCUCUCUCGAUCUCUCUCAGGACAAAAUGCCGGAGGUGCGUCAGAGCUCCUUUGCUCUGCUGGGUGACCUGACUAAGGCUUGUUUCCAGCAUGUAAAGCCAUGCAUCGGUACAUACUCUAUUCUUUUACACCAGACUUGCAGUAACACACCGCCUGAUACUCUAUUCUCUUACACCAGACUGGCAGUAACACACCGCCUGAUACUCUAUUCUCUUACACCAGACUGGCAGUAACACACCGCCUGAUACUCUAUUCUCUUACACCAGACUGGCAGUAACACACCGCCUGAUACUCUAUUCUCUUACACCAGACUGGCAGUAACACACCGCCUGAUACUCUAUUCUCUUACACCAGACUGGCAGUAACACACCGCCUGAUAUACAAGAUGUGUAUAGUAGUCUAAAUGUCAGAUUAUCAGUUACCGAUGGUUUAAGCUUCUAUCUCUCUUUCUCUCCUGUGCAGCUGAUUUCAUGCCUGUACUAGGCACUAAUCUGAACCCAGAGUUGAUAUCAGUGUGCAACAAUGCAACAUGGGCAAUCGGAGAGAUAUCUAUACAAAUGGGUGAGUGUCUGGAAAUUGUCACAAAGCGGUCACACACCAGCUUGGAUACAUUCUCAUGAAUGUGCGCGCACACACACCCUCCCUCUCUGACCUCCCUUCCCCUCUCCCCAGGAGCUGAGAUGCAGCCCUACGUGACCAUGGUGCUGCACCAGCUGGUUGAGAUCAUCAACAGGCCCAACACUCCAAAGACCCUGCUGGAGAACACAGGUACCACCACAAGGUGGCGCUGCGGGCUGUGCUGAGCCUGCCAUCCACACAGCCACAGGGAGAUGUUACAUAGCACAGUCAGUCAGGGCUACUCUGGGUGCGUCCCAAUGAUAUCUCCUUUCUCCCGAAGUGUGCACUCGUUCACUUCCCUUAAUGGAUUUGAAAGGAAAUGACUGGUAUAUGAAAACUCCUUGUAGCCCAUGCCAACACCAAUCCAAUGCUUUUAAAUGUCUGGGGAGUAGUGAACGAGUGCACACUUCUGGAGGAAGGAGAGGUUAUUGGGAUGCACACUCUGACUGGAGUGGAGGCCAUUAAUCUUCAUCUGAAAGCCUCCCCAAGCUCUGGGCCUUACAGGUUUCGCCGGUUUCAACCAAACAUCCCAACUAUUUGGACCCAAUGAUGUAUGGCUGUGUUUAUGGGCUGUUGGAUCCCUGCUGAAAUAUAUUAAAUGUAGCUGAGGUGGAAAGAGGGAAAUAAAGGAGAGGAAAAAGAGACUGAUAAAAUAUUUGUUCCUCAUGGAGUAAGAAUCUGGGGAAAUGUCAAAACCCAGCGAACCCUGUAAGUGUACAGUCUUGGCAUUAUUAACUGAAAUGGAUUGAUUCUGUUGCACCGUUUGUCAGGUUUUUCUAGCUUUAUUUCCCUUGAAGUGAAGUUGAAGUGUUGAGGAGCAUCAGUAGGUGACAGUGAGGCCUUAACUGAGACAGAGGAGUGUAUAGCUAAAUGCUUCAAGAGUUUUUCUUACGGUUAAUUUGACAAACGGAAUGUUUACUGAACACUCAGAAGAUGAUGAUGAUGAUAAUAACUAGUCAUCUUUGAUGAUUGAGGAAAGAGCUAAUCCCAUCCUAAACAUUUUUUGUGGUGUUGAGAGAAAUGUUAUAGCACCUAUACUUAUCAAACAAACCUUCGGUUACACUCUGCUCUUAUUUAGAAGCUCUAGUCGAAUUGGAGACUGUGUUUGGGUGAUCCAAAAUGGCCGUCGACUAGAACCCAAACUGAGCCAAAAUGAGGGUGAAGUGUAACCUGCUUAACUUACCCCCCCCCACACACCCCCACCCCCCCAGGAAAACUAGGGAAUUUGUAGAUGUUGUUCCUGUUUGUCAGUUUAUUUAUUUGUUGUUUUUAGUUAGUUUUUUAAAUGUGAAUGCAUAUCUGCCAAUAUAUGUUGAAUGUUUAGUUAAAGGAUGGCAAACGUUUGAUGUGGGAUACGUGAUUGAUUGAUGGAGCCAUAGCGAUAUGCUGUUGAGCUCAGACCACUGCCAUUCUAUUUUAGUAUGAUGAAUCGAAACCUAAUCCUCUUGGUUUCUAUUGGGCUGUUUUAUACAAGAACUGUCCUAAUCUUAAUUUUCACCUAACCUAUCAAAACAUUCAGAAAAUAUAUUCAUUUUGAUUAUCUUUAUAGCGCACCAAUUUGAUCAUUUAAAGAAUUUUAAAACACACGCAUACAGUAUAAAGGCACAUCAACAUUAUUGAAGUGGAUGGGGUUUGAGGCCAUAUACAGUGCCUUCAAAAAGUAUUCACACCCCUUGACUUUUUCCACAUUUUGUUGUUACAGCCUGAAUUUUUAAUUGAUUAAAUUAAGAUUCUUUGGUCACUGGCCUACACGCAAUACCCCAUAGAGUUAUGUUUUUUGCUUAACAAGUCACAUAAUAAGUUGCAUGGACUUAUUCUGUGGGCAAUAAUAGUGUUUAACAUGAUUUUUGAAUGACUACCUCAUCUCUGUACCCCACACAUACAAUUAUCUGUAAGGUCCCUCAGUUGAGAAGUGAAUUUCAAACACAGAUUCAACCAUAAAGACCAAGGAGGUUUUCCAGUGCCUCGCAAAGUAGAUACUAGUAGAUCAUUUUUUUUAUUGAAUAUUUGUUUGAGCAUGGUGAAGUUAUUAAUUACACUUUGGAUGGUGUAUCAAUAAACCAAGUCACUACAAAGAUGAAGGCGUCCUUCCCAAAUCAGUUGCCGGAGAGGAAGGAAGGCCAAAAGUGACUUUAAAACAGUUAGAGUUUAAUGGCUGUGAUAGGAGACUGGAUCAACAACAUUGUAUUUAUUCCACAAUACCAGCCUAAUUGACAGUGAAAAUAAUAAAAAUAUUCCAAAACAUGCAUCCUGUUUGCAACAAGGCGCUAAAGUAAUACUGCUAAAAAUGUGGCAAAGCAAUUAACUUUUUGUCCUGAAUACAAAGUGCAAAUCCAAUACAACACAUUACUUAAUACCACUCUCCAUAUUUUCAAGCAUAGUUGUUGCUGCAUCAUGUUAUGGGUAUGCUUGUAAUCGUUAAGGACUGGGGAGUUUUUCAGAAAAAAAAAAAUGGAAUGGAGCUAAGCACAGGCAAAAUCCUAGAGGAAAAUCUGAUUCAGUCUGCUUUCCACUAGACACUGGGAGAGAAUUCACCUUUCAGCAGGACAAGAACCUAAAACACAAGGCCAGAUCUACACUGGAGUUGCUUACCAAGAAGACUGAAUGUCCCUGAGUGGCCGAGUUACAGUUUUGACUUAAAUAAUCUAUGGCAAGACCUGCAAAAGUUUGUUUAGCAAUGAUCAACAACCAACUUGACAACAUUUUAAAAAAAGGAUAAUGGGCAAAUGUUGCACAAUCCAGGUGUGGAAAGCUCUUAGAGACUUACCCAGAAAGACUCACAGCUGUAGUCGCUUCCAAAGGUGCUUCUACGAAGUAUUGACUCAGGGGUGUGAAUAUUUAUGGAAAUGAGAUAUUUCUGUAUUUCAUUUUCAAUACAUUUGCAAACAUUUCAAAAAACAUGUUUUCACUUUGUCGUUAUGAGGUAUUGUGUGUAGAUCGGUGAGAUAAACAAACAAUUUAAUCCAUUUUGAAUUCAGGCUGUAACACAACGAAAUGUGAAAAAGGUCAAGGGGUAUGAAUACUUUCUGAAGGCACUGUAUAGCUAUAACCCCUCCCCUCCAUCCUCAUUUGCAGCCAAUCAGCCUAUCCUGCACUGAACUUUAUUUCUAAUGAGCCUAUCAUCUGCUUUCUGCAUGUCUCAUUGGACUGUUCAUAAAUGCCUGUUUCUUAAUGAGAAUGUUGCAUAGUUUUGUGUCUCUUAAACUUAGGUCCUCCUCCUCUCUGCCUCUUCAUAAGAACCUGCUGUACUGGAUACUAGUCUCCUCCCAUGUAGUUGGUCAUUUCUUUACAAACCAAAAAAAUGAAAAGUUUUUCUGUUUCUUAUGGAAAGAUUAACCUUUUUGUGUGUUUAAGGGAGAAACCUCUGAAAGCUCAAUUCCCAGCUGCCAACUUUGAGAAGAAUAAGAACCUUGUAAACAUUCCAUACUGGCAGUUGGCUAACUAAUGACUUCACAUUUUACACUUUUUAAAUUUAGAUGAAGAACAGUCAUUUAACAUUUUGCAGGGAGGAGUUUGUCGUAAGAGAACAGAGGCCAUUUCAACAUUCAUAUUUCUGAUGUCCGAGCAGGCAUGUUGCUGUUUGAUUGAUAUUGUGUUGUCAAAGUGUUCUCCCUUAAACGAGUUGUUUGUUUUUAGUGUCAUACUAUCCUACAUUCCUCCCCAGUAGUUAACGGGGCAGUAAUAAUCAACACCUAGUGAAUUCUUCUGUUUAUUAUCAUACAUGGAUUCUGUUGAUUUUAUGUUUCUGAGUUUGUUUUUUCUUUAUUUUUUCUCCUCAUUGCUCAUGUCUUGGUUGGCGUUUGGUGGUGUAUAACCGUGAUUGCGUUACCUUAGCAAUAACAAUUGGUCGUCUUGGUUACGUUUGUCCUCAAGAGGUGGCACCCAUGCUACAGCAGUUUAUAAGACCCUGGUGUGUAUUAUUCAAUAUUUUAUUUAAUUCAUAUUCCUCUUCUCUUUCCUCUCUUUCUCCAUGUCUGUCUCUUCCUGUCCUGUCUCUCUCUUUCCUCCCCUGUCUCUGUCUUUCUCUCUUCCUCCCUCUUUCUUUCUGAAAUAAGUAUUUUCUGUUUCUCCUGAAUCAGUCUGUAAUCAUUGCCAACCAUGUGACUAAUCCUGUCCUCUUUUAGGUCCUCUGUCUGUGAUGUAUUUUUCUUCAGUAUUACCUUUAUGUAUUUUAUACAUUAUUGGUUUAUUUAUUUUACAGUUUGUCAUUGUUAAUUGUCGCUAACUACUAAUUAGUGCAUGGGAUUAGAUUGUCACAUGCCUGCUGGUUCAGAAAGAGAAAGGGAAAACAAAAGGCUUUCCUAAAAUUCCCAAAGCAUUCCCAGAGAACCCCCAACCCCCCCCCCCCCUCGUCCACUAGUCCACUAGUCCACUAGUCAUCCAGCUGCAUGUGCCUAUCCCAGAAUUCCUUAAAACUUCCUUUUAAGAACAAAGUUAGUCUUUUAAAAGGAUUUGGCAUUGAUAAAGUGCUAUAUUAAAGGUUAACUGGAAUGCCAUAUGGGCCAAAGUUAAGUUACUUUAAGAGUGGUAAAACAGUUUUAGUGACUUACGUGUAAGUGAAUAGUUAAGUGCCUUAACACAAAGUUUCAGAAGGACAGGUUUGUUUGAUGUGCAUGCACCAGUCUGAUACUGUUUUAGAUUAUCUGAGUGAAAUCAUUUUCUCCCCACAAUAAUGUUUUGUACCUUACGAAGUAGUCUUUAGUAAAAGUCGUUCAGAUAAAAUCAAAUCUUCUAAAGGUCUAAAAUAAAUGGUUGUAGAUUGAAUUCACAUGUAUGAAGUAAAAAUGGCAAGUUGUCUUUUAAUAUACUAUAGGUUAUAUUAAUUUUUUUUAGUUGCCAUAUGAUCAACAAACCUCUUGAGGCAAUAGAUGUAGUAUUUUUAUAUUUUGGAAGUUAUUCUAAUUAGCCACAGUGGAAUUUAUGAUUUUGAAUUGUGUUAGCAGGUAAUAGUAAUAUGAUACAGUGGGGGAAAAAAGUAUUUAGUCAGCCACCAAUUGUGCAAGUUCUCCCACUUAAAAAGAUGAGAGGCCUGUAAUUUUCAUCAUAGGUACACGUCAACUAUGACAGACAAAAUGAGGGGGAAAAAAUCCAGAAAAUCACAUUAUAGGAUUUUUAAUGAAUUUAUUUGCUAAUUAUGGUGGAAAAUAAGUAUUUGGUCAAUAACAAAAGUUUCUCAAUACUUUGUUAUAUACCCUUUGUUGGCAAUGACACAGGUCAAACGUUUUCUGUAAGUCUUCACAAGGUUUUCACACACUGUUGCUGGUAUUUUGGCCCAUUCCUCCAUGCAGAUCUCCUCUAGAGCAGUGAUGUUUUGGGGCUGUCACUGGGCAACACUGACUUUCAACUCCCUCCAAAGAUUUUCUAUGGGGUUGAGAUCUGGAGACUGGCUAGGCCACUCCAGGACUUUGAAAUGCUUCUUACGAAGCCACUCCUUCAUUCCCCGGGCGGUGUGUUUGGGAUCAUUGUCAUGCUGAAAGACCCAGCCACGUUUCAUCUUCAAUGCCCUUGCUGAUGGAAGGAGGUUUUCACUCAAAAUCUCACGAUACAUGGCCCCAUUCAUUCUUUCCUUUACACGGAUCAGUCGUCCUGGUCCCUUUGCAGAAAAACAGCCCCAAAGCAUGAUGUUUCCACCCCCAUGCGUCACAGUAGGUAUGGUGUUCUUUGGAUGCAACUCAGCAUUCUUUGUCCUCCAAACACGACGAGUUGAGUUUUUACCAAAAAGUUCUAUUUUGGUUUCAUCUGACCAUAUGACAUUCUCCCAAUCCUCUUCUGGAUCAUCCAAAUGCACUCUAGCAAACUUCAGACGGGCCUGGACAUGUGCUGGCUUAAGCAGGGGGACACGUCUGGGCAUUUGCAGGAUUAGAGUCCCUGGCGGCGUACUGUGUUAAUGAUGGUAGGCUUUGUUACUUUGGUCCCAGCUCUCUGCAGGUCAUUCACUAGGUCCCCCCGUGUGGUUCUGGGAUUUUUGCUCACCGUUCUUGUGAUCAUUUUGACCCCACGGGGUGAGAUCUUGCGUGGAGCCCCAGAUCGAGGGAGAUUAUCAGUGGUCUUGUAUGUCUUCCAUUUCCUAAUAAUUGCUCCCACAGUUGAUUUCUUCAAACCAAGCUGCUUACCUAUUGCAGAUUCAGUCUUCCCAGCCUGGUGCAGGUCUACAAUGUUGUUUCUGGUGUCAUUUGACAGCUCUUUGGUCUUGGCCAUAGUGGAGUUUGGAGUGUGACUGUUUGAGGUUGUGGACAGGGGUCUUUUAUACUGAUAACAAGUUCAAACAGGUGCCAUUAAUACAGGUGAGUGGAGUACAGAGGAGCCUCUUAAAGAAGAAGUUACAGGUAUGUGACUUGUUUGUAGGUGACCAAAUACUUAUUUUCCACCAUAAUUUGCAAAUAAAUUCAUAAAAAAUCCUACAAUGUGAUUUUCUGGAGAAAAAAUGUCUCAAUUUGUCUGUCAUAGUUGACGUGAUGAAAAUUACAGGCCUCUCUCAUCUUUUUAAGUGGGAGAACAUGCACAAUUGGUGGCUGACUAAAUACUUUUUUCCCCCACUGUAUACCUAUGGAAGUUCAAUUACAUUAUUGAAUACGGUCAAUGGUAACUUCAGAGUGCUGUAAGGGAAUUGAAUUGUAAUGCUAUGCAGUGCUUUAAGGCAGCCCCUCUGGCCUGGUGUAAAACGUGGCUGUUCCUGUUGGCAGGUGCACCUCUCUAAGGAACAUAAGAGACAAUGAGGAGAAAGACUCGGCUUUCCGAGGCAUCUGCACUAUGAUCAGUGUCAACCCCGGAGGAGUGGUACAGGUGAGGCCCCAGGCAACGCUGUCCUCUAGAGGUUAACAUAGGAACUGCACUUAUCUUCUCAUGGUCCCAUCAGUUGAGGAAUAAGAAAAGAACAGGAACUGCAUUACUGGUUAAAUGGUCCCAUGAGUGAGUGAUGUUAGCAGGGAAACUGUUGUCUCAAGCCAGACCUUUACUCUCAUUUCCUCCAGGAUUUUAUAUUUUUCUGUGAUGCAGUGGCCUCAUGGGUAAAUCCAAAGGAUGAUCUGCGAGACAUGUUCGGCAAGGUAAAAACUGAGCAUAACUGUGUGCCAUGUAGGGCCUAGAGUCUACAAGACUAUCUGUGUGCGGAGAAGGAGCAAAUAUCCUGAUCCACAAUGUGUGCAUGCGUAGCUUUGUGCGUACGUUCUAAUAGUGUGUUUGAUAUUUUCAGAUCCUCCAUGGGUUCAAGAACCAGGUGGGCGAGGAGAACUGGAGGCGUUUCUCAGACCAGUUCCCACUGCCUCUGAAGGAACGGCUGGCAGCCUUCUACGGGGUGUAACGCUUUCCAUAGGAACAGGCCUGUUCAAGGGGGUAAGUUGCACAUUCAUGGUCAAAUCUAAUUAUAGAACAGAGAUAUUCUAUCUAAAGCACUUUAGUGUCUCAGUUUUUCAGCCACCUUAUUUGAGCAUUAUUAACUCAAGUUUAUUCCUAAUCUUGCUUACUUAAUAACAUUGGUCUCCCUCGCUCUGUCUUACCAGGUCAUUCACUAUGGGAGACGACAGACGGGGAACCUCUUAUACCCAGGGAACAUGUUACCGUUUUCUGGGGUUAGGGUCUGCCAGCUGGGGAGGGAGGGGGGUGCGGACCGGGACCCUCCUCAACCUUCUUGACGGGCGGGGUGGGAGGGAGGUGUUAGCCAGCAGAGGCAGUCAACGCCCCCCAAGCAACAGGCGAGGGGGACACAGGGGAACCGGUGGGCCAACUUAAUCAAGGGAGGAAACAUUUAUUUAAUCAUUUCAACAUCUCAAUCAGAAAGGAAAAGACGACGUCAGCGUAGCCAUUGUCUCUUUUAUUUUUUUUAUUUUCAUCCGAGCUCUCCAGUGACGCUGCUACUGAGUGGACAUUUGAAACAAAACACAGGAAAAAAACCAAUGCAAAACUUCAUAAAUGCUUCUGUCGUUUAG